GCGCGGUGAGUGCAUGUACAGUACAUAUGUACCGGGUACCUGGGUACCUGGAAGUCUUGGGCAGCUCUGUCAGUCUGUCCAGGGUAAUAAGCCCCACCUCUGACCCGAUUCUCCGAGCCCUGUUGGGCGUAAACGGUCCCCCUCUGUGUUGUUUUGCCUCCGUUGAUUGGGCGACGGCGGUGUGGUCUUCAGAUUGCGUUUUCUUUCCGUAUCCAGAUCCACGGCGGCGUCGCCGGUCUUGUUCUUCUGCUGCUUUGCUUUGCUGCCUCGACCAAGAGAACGGAACCAGACUCACCCUCCCUCUCUCACACACACACAGCCUGUUGCAGCCUAGACGUAGAUUUUUGAUUUGUCGUGUGCCUGCUUCAGACAGACAGCCUGCUUCCUUUUUUUCCCUUCUGCUUCGAUCUCCAUCUCCAUUUCCCCCUCCCCCGCCGUCCUUUAAGAUACCCACACGUCAUUUCGGCCCAUCACGCCGCGUCGCUGCUUGCGACAGCCUCCCAACGACCACGUCACCCAACAGCGACUCCUGCUUCCAGAUCUUCAAUCACACCACACCAAGAUGGGUGAAUCACGCCAAGAACUUAUCGCAUGGCUCAACAGCCUCCUCCAGCUCAACAUGACCAAGGUCGAGCAAUGUGGAACUGGAGCUGCUCUUUGCCAGGUGUUUGACAGCAUCUUCGGUGAUGUCCCCAUGUCGCGUGUCAAGUUCAACGUCAACACCGAGUAUGCCUACAUCCAGAACUUCAAGAUCCUGCAGAACUCAUUCGCCAAGCACCAGGUCGACAAGUCCGUCCCCGUCGAGGCCCUGGUCAAGUGCAAGAUGCAGGACAACCUCGAGUUCCUGCAGUGGACGAAGCGGUUCUGGGACCAAUACUACCCCGGCGGCGACUACGAUGCUGUCUCCCGGCGCAAGGGCCAGGGCAUGUCCGCCGGCGCGGGUGGCGGUGCACCUCGGGCGGCUGCGGCGACGACCACGGCUGCGCGGCGGGCGGCCGGGGGCACCACGCCCUCUGGCGGGCCCCGCCUGGGGGUCAAGGCCGCCCCAGCGUCGGCGGCGCUGCAGGCGGAGAACACGCAGCUCAAGGAGACGGUGGUGGGCCUGGAGCGCGAGCGCGACUUCUACUUCGCGAAGCUGCGGGACAUAGAGCUUCUCGUCCAGCAGGCGUGUGAGGAGGACCCGGAGCUGGACAAGGAGGAGGGCGGCCUGAUCAAGAACAUCCAGACCAUCCUGUACUCGACAGAAGAGGGCUUCGAGAUCCCCGAGGGCGAGGGCGAGGACCAGGAGACGUUUUGAGGGAGGCAGGGACAACAUGGCUGACAGUCACCAACACGAGGGAACGGCCGGGACGCCUGGGCUUUAAAGGUGGAAGAUGUAAUGUGCUCGGGGUCGGGCAGACUUGGUGGCCUGUGAGGGUUGGAUGCACUGGUCUGGGCCCCCGACAGGCUGCUGUCUCCUUGUCUUCUGUGGUAGGUGACAGCCGUGGCUGACGGCUGACUUCUGACUGGCAGCGUACUGGGAGGCUUUGCUGCGAUAGAAACUGGGAACAUAAAAGCUCGGUUCCUAUUUGUGACUCCUUCCUUCUCUACGUGCGUUGCUUGCCGUUCGGCUUCAUGCCCUCUUACUGUGUGUACGAACGGUGUACUAGUGUGGCUUUUACGGUGCUUGGUACCUUUUAAGGGUGGCAUCGUGAGCUGCGCACCUGGCCAUGGUGUCUUCUAACCUCCAGAGGAUGACCUCUUAAUAGCAAGCCUCUUAUAGGCAGCCCUUUUCAACCUUCUAACCGACAACCUCCCAAUCGACAAUUCCUAAUCAAAAACCUCCUAACAGACAACCUCCCAACAGACAACCUCCUAAUAGAACUACUUCCUAAUUCAUAACCUCUCUACGGGUGGCUCUUAAUAGACAGCCCCCUUAGUGACAUCUUCCCGAGGAACAGCCUCCUGACCUUAAAUUAUAUAUAACCCUCUCUAG